UGAGGACUGACUGUUCAUCCUCAGUAAGGGGGAAGUCUGGAGGGAUGGUAAAGACCCGGCAGGGCUGAGUGCUGCUGUCUCCUCUAGAGCUGGAGAGAGAGAGACGCGCAUUCGUUUCGCCGUUUGUCUGGCACAGAAGUUGAAAUGUUAACUUUGCUUUCUUGCCACAGAUGCUGCCAGGCUUGCUAAGUUUCUCCAGCAGUUUCUGCUUUUGUGACCCUGGGCCUGAUUCUCCCUCCCUCGGCGCUGACAGCUGCCCAGAUUCCCUUCGCAGGCUUGUGAGCGGAGAGUUCCCCCUGUAUGAUCUGUGCAGCAUCAAAAUCUGCAAAUGCUGGAAUCGUGAAACAAAAAAUAGAUGGUUUCUGUUGAGGGGCCCUGGAACCGAAAGUAUUCAGACAAUCCGCAAAAUGGGCAAUUCUCUGGCUCUGAAACUUUUGGAGCGUUCUGUGUCUGUUGGGUUAAUAGUGACCUUGGGGGAGCUGGACUAUUAAAAGCCUGUGCUAGCUCCCGUGUAAAUAUUACAUGGGUGCCUUGAUUUAUCACAGCCGCCCAAACUCUCUUCGUCCCCUACCCAGCCACCGCUUUACCUGACAGCGUCUCCACCCCCAGCCCUCAUGAACCGACACCAUAGCACCCCCUUACCUUUUGUUGUACAUUUAAAUCUCAAAAUAGGUCGACUGACUAUGAUAAAGGAUGUAUCUGGUUAAUUCCCGGCUAGAAGCGUAAAGCUUAAUACAGUAAAAUCGCCAUAGUCUUAACAGACUAUAAGGGUUGAUAUCUCAUUACAGAGACACCACUGGUGGCAUUUUAACCUGAGGGUUACUACGCCUCAGAUGAGGAGAGAGAAUGAGAAGCUACGAGAAGCCACCACCAGGAAUGAUUAAGGAAAAUGAUGACAAGCCUGAAGACUGUAUUCCAGACCUGCCAGGCAAUGAAGAAGCAAGAGAUUUCCUGGCACAUGCUCCUACCAAAGGACUUUGGAUGCCAUUGGGAAAAGAAGUGAAAGUCAUGCAAUGCUGGAGAUGCAAAAAUUUUGGACACAGAACCGGGGAUAGAGAAUGUCCCUAUUUCAUCAGUGGCAAUCAGAAAUUGGAACAGUUCAGAGUAGCACAUGAGGAUCCCAUGUACGAUUUAAUUAGAGAAAAUAAACGGUAUGAAAAGGAAACCAGGAUACAACAGCUGAAACAGAUGUUAGAGGACACCACAUCAGACAGUAACAGUUCCAGCUCCUCAGAUUCUGGAGAUAGGCACAAAAAGAAGAAAAAGAGAAAAGAGAAGAGGAGAAAGAAGGAAAAGAAGAAAAGAAAGAAACACAAGUCCAGAAAAUCAAGUGAUAGCUCUGAAUAAGACAAAAGACUGAAUUGUUUUCUUUUUCUUCAAAAGAAAUAUUUAUGUUCAUAUGUACAUUCUGCAGCUUCAGAAAUUGGGUACCUUAAUCAGAAUGGGGAAAAACUGUAGAAAUAAACCCGAUACCUGAACUUGAUUAAAAUUAACAUGCUUCCCUUUCUGACAGAGUAUGCACACAUUGGGUUGGAUUUUAUGUGCCCUCACCACGGUGUUCCGGAUGAAGUAGAUUGCGUGUAAAAUGGGGUGGUUACUCAACCCAGCAUCUUCCCACACACCCUGAGUUCACUUCCAUAACUUGGUAGAUGGGCUGGCAUUGAAACAGACAACCUGCACAACAUGUUGAAAUAAUUCAGCUAUACAAGUAAUUGUUGGGUAGUUUAGAACUUGAGUAUUGCUGAAAAAGCCACAUCUUCUCAACCCUUUUUGUGUUGUAAGCAGCGGGGUAACUCACAAGUAAUAACAAAGUAAAAGGAUAUACCUUUAUACCAUAUGAGAGGAGAAUGUUGAUUGGUUGGCAAAUGGACUCUGGUAGAUGUGUUGCCAUGGAGAAUGUAUCUGUUAAUGAUGACUUACAGUUAACUGCUAAACUUUGUUUAAAUAUCAAUGUUAAACAAGGCAGGUUGACAUUGCCCUGAGAGAGGCAAACCACAGUGGCUGAUGCUUGUUUUACUGCAUUGAAACAGACACCAUGUUCUGUUUGCAAAAUAUAGCAUCUUGUGUAUUAAUAUUUAUAGCUGUCAGUACAUGUAAAUGGUGCCAUGUUGCAACCCAAGCCGACAAUCUUAAAUUAAUUGCCAGCAUGAUGCUUUACGCACUCUGGAUUAUGUAGCAAAUGCUGUUGAAUUGCAGAAUUGAUUCUCAUUGAGUUUUGCAAGUGCAAGCUGGUUGGGUGCAGUCAUCACCUUGUUUUUUGCUAACAGCUAAAGGGAUGUGCUGUUUGAUGCAAUUUGCCAGCCUUUGAGACAUAUGGCCAACAUAUCCAGCAUCAUACCACUGAAAUUACCCUUUUCAUUUUCUCAAUUCUCAUUCGCGUCAGAGGUGAAAAGUCUUUUGGUUUGAUGGCAGCCUGAGUAGCACUUGUGUUUCUAUUGCAUAGUAGUGAUAUGAAGCAGCUAGCUUCACCUGCCGCUGAAAUAUUUGAAAUAUCUUACCCUUGAAUGGUAAUCUAAGGUGGACCAGGCACCUUUCAGGACCAAAAAUGGCAGUCUUGUGUCCUUACAUAAUUUUGCACUAUGUGUGGUAGGAAAACAUCUGAUUAUUUGCCAUCACCCUACAGGACGGCUUUGAUACAUCCCUAUUUCAGCGUCUACCUUGCACAGUGAAUAAGUGGUGGUGCUUGUGAUGCAAGUAUUUCUUGUCAUUAUCCUAAUAAGUACCAAGGCAAAAGCUGCAAAAAAUGUGCCUUUUCUUUCUAGCAAUAUUCAAAUAAUUGAGUCAAUUAAGCUUGGUACCAUACCAAUUAACCCCAAUAAUAGACAGAAUACUGGAGAAACUCCGCUAUGGAGAGAGAACGUGAACAGUUCAAGUCUGGUAUGAUAUAUGAAAGGUGUUGGAAUUUUAAAAAAUAUAUAUACUUCUGACUAUGACAAAGAGGUUGUUAACGAUAGAGAAAGAGAAACACCUAUAAAGGUGUAAAAAUGAGAAAAGAAGGGAUUGGGACCUCUACUAAGAGAAAAAUAAACAAGGUAUAAGACAAAAAUGUGGUGGGGAUGGGGAAGGACAUGUAAGAAAAAUGGGGAAUGGACAACUGAUUGCAUUAUGUCUGUUCUUCACUUUUGCAUUCUGCCCCAAAGCCUUUUGUCUCUUGCAUUGCCUCUGCCUCUGUCAAGAUACAAAAAUAAAAUUUCCAACACCUGUUUAUUCUGAAGCAGAUUCAUAUUGGAACUGAAAUGUCAACUUUGUCUCUCUGCCGCACCUGCUGAGUUUUGUCAGCAUUCUGUGUUUGUUUCAGAUUUCUGGAGUCAAGGCAAAAUACUGCAGAUAGCAAUGUCAUACUGCCAUGCAACAGUAAAGUUGGCCUGGGCAGGUGUUCUUUAAUUUGGAGGUGCCAGGCAAUCUGGCCAGCAGCUCCAGAGAAUGAGAUCUCCUUUCACUGAAAUGCAGAAGUCCCACUGGGCACCAAUUUAACCUGCUUCCAGCAUGUUUAGGCUGCAUGGCAGGCUUCUUGUAGGCCCAUCAGCUGCCUGCUGAGUUUCCUUCUGUGGCGGCAAGCUCUUUGCAUCAAUAUAAAAUUCUGUCCAUUGAAUUCGUGUGUCCAGCUGGUGUACACCUGUCUGUUUUGCCAGAUCAAACCCUAGUCUUGGUGGGAACGUUUUGAUUGUAAAAAAUUUUAGCUAAUGAUAUUACUUUUAGUUCUUAGUCAAAUGUAGUAUAAAUGUACCUUAUAACAAUUGAAAUCUGGUGUAGGAACACAAUGACAAAGUGACAUUCUAAAGCUGUUCUGUUAUGUUCUACUGGAAAGGCAAUGGGAAAAAAUAGCAAGGUUUUGUGGAAUACAGCAACAGGUGAUAUUUUUGCUGUGUUUGUGAUGUUAAUCCUAAUUAAUUUCCAAGUGUUGUACCCCUGUGACUUAGAUUUAUCAAGAUAUUGCUAAUUUUUAGGUGACAGAAGUGUUAUGCACGUUAUGUUUUUAAAAGGGCAUGAAUGAAUCAACAUGUAGCAAUGAGAUUGAGUUUGUUUGUGAAUUGCAAUAAAGCUUUUGGAUUGUACCAUU